AGGAGGAGGAGGAGAGUGAAUGAGAGCUGCUGGAUCUGCCUUGCCUGCCCGCCUGCCUGUCGUCUGCUGAAGCUGGGUUUACUGCCGCGCCACGCUGCACUGGCACAGAGCAGCGUCACGGCCCAUUUGCACCACCGUCUGCACUCUCAGCACCAACACGGAGCCACACAGCACCGGUUCUUACUCCAGCGACACCACCGGCAAGGAAAAUCAGGGACAGAGCUCACCAGGCUUUCUCCAUCACCAAGGGGGGACGCAGCAGCUAUACGAAGGGGCCUGACGCCACAAUUUAGGCACCAGCUGCUACCUCAACCAAAUCCCCCUCCACCUUGUCCCAUCCUUACCAACACCACCACCGCUGCUCUCUUGCUCCUCCCUAUGCCCUUGUCCUCGGCGGCUCCUCUCACCUCCCUGGCCAGUAUAUGGAUAGAAGCUCCCUGUUUCAGCUCAUACAAGAGCAGCUGGACCCAGACAACACCGGUUUCAUCGCAGUGGAGAACUUCACCAGCUUGGUGGAGCACCAUGAGCUGCAGCUGGACCCGUCCAAACUGGACAUGCUGUUAGCCCUGGUCCAGAGCAAUGAGGAGGGACAGGUGUGCUACCAGGAGCUCAUCGAGCUGAUGAGCAGUAAGCGCUCCAGCAGCUUCCGACGGGCCAUUGCUAAUGGCCGCCGCACGCUGCAAAGGGAGAUCCUGCUGGACGAGACGGGGCUGGGUCUGUACAAACGUUUUGUUCGCUAUGUGGCCUACGAGAUCCUGCCCUGCGAGACGGACCGACGCUGGUACUUCCACCAGAACCGCCUGUGUCCCCCGCCUGUUUUCAUCGCCAUCGUCACCAUCGUGCAGAUCAUCGUGUUCAUGUGCUAUGGCAUCAUGCUAAACAAGUGGGUACUGCAGACCUAUCAGCCCGACUUCAUGAAGAGCCCCCUGGUGUACCAUCCCGGCCACCGUGCACAAGUGUGGCGCUUCUUCAGCUACAUGUUCAUGCACGUUGGAUUGGAGCAGCUGGGGUUCAACGCUUUACUGCAGCUGAUGAUUGGCGUUCCUUUGGAGAUGGUCCACGGCAUCUUACGAAUAAGUCUGCUUUACAUGGCAGGAGUGCUGGCCGGCUCGCUGACAGUGUCCAUCACCGACAUGCGUGCUCCAGUGGUGGGGGGCUCCGGUGGGGUCUACGCUCUGUGCUCAGCGCAUCUCGCCAACGUCGUCAUGAACUGGGCCGGGAUGCGUUGUCCGUACAAGCUGCUCCGCAUGAUCCUGGCGCUGGUUUGCAUGAGUUCGGAGGUGGGUCGUGCUGUCUGGCUCCGCUUCUCCCCGCCGCUGCCCUCCUCGGGGCCCCAGCCCAGCUUCAUGGCACACCUGUCGGGGGCCGUGGUCGGCAUCAGCAUGGGGCUUCUGAUUCUGCGCAGCUACGAGGAGAGUCUGCAGAAGCAAUGCUCCUGGUGGGUCAUCGUCUUCUCCUUCAUCACCUUCCUCCUCUUUGCCAUCUUCUGGAACAUCUUUGCGUAUGAGCUGCUAGGGGUUCAGAUACCGCCUCCUCCCUGAUGAAGGCCCCACCACCCCCCCUCCACAGGCCCCUUCCUCCACAUACACACUGACUCCAACCCUGCUCCAAAACAACACCCCCCCCCCUUUGACCGUAGUUAACAUCUCCUCUCAAGUUAGACCCAAAUGAAAUGAUAUGAAAUCAUUCAAAACUAAAAAUCGACCAAGAAUCCUUUUUUUACAGAUACUUUGCAAAUCAAAGAAAUAUGUCUCUUUUAUUAAAGAGGGAUUACCGUAGCAACAAGAACAGGUGAAGGUUCCUCAGAUCCACGUUGAGGAGCAUUGUAUCUUUUGAUAUAUACGUUUGAAAUCUCAUCCACAUUACCAGCACUAACCUCUCAGUGAGCGUUUAGCCACCGUGCUCUUUAUUUCAGAGGCUUUCUGAAAAGCUGUUUCAUCAUUUUGUUUCUUUGAGUGCAUCUUUCAUACACUUAACGAAGAGUUGAGCCUGUGAUGAAAAGGGAAGGGGAUAAAGGGGAGGCAAACCUUUUGGCUGCGUCACAUAUCAGAGCUGCAGCAGCUUUAAAUUAAGAUUUAAAGAAGAAUUUCAGGAAGCCUACAUUUAUUUCUGGGGGGGGCAGCAAUAAAAUAAAAACAAUACAGAGGCACCAAUGAAAUAUGAUUGUUUGACUUCACAGCCCUGAUUUAACUCACUGUGGCACAAAACGUUUUUCUCAAAUCGAGCUGCCAAGAAGGGUCUCCUGCCCGAUAACAAAACAAAAUCCAAGUGCAAAUGUCUUUCCCCGAAGCAGCUGCAGGAAGAAUGGAGGAUCGAAUGCAAGAUCUCAGGCGCGUUUCAUGUGGAGCGAGGCAUCUCUGUCAUUUUCACUUCAUGGGGUCUUUAAAAUGAGAAGACAUCAGUUUAGUUUUUUUUUUAUGUUAUUUCCAUGACAUUAUACCUACACUGUGGAUACGGACACAUAGUUCACACAACACAGACGUGACGUGAAGAUGGGGAAAAUGAAAGCGACAGGAAAGAAAAAGAAAAAAGAAGCUCAUGAGAAAAAGACGGCUCGAGUCUCCUGGAUUGUCGUCACUUAAGCGAGUCAACUCCUCCUGUUGCUGUGUCACACUAACCACCAACUUGCUAGGCGCACCUGUAAAAUAUGCCAUGUCAUGCUCUGUGGCUCUCAGCGAGACAAGGACACACACACACACACACACACACACACACACACACUUUCUCCUCUUUGUCUUUGAGAGCAGCCACGACCUGAUUCUGUAGGUUAAUGUGGACAAACCGAAGAGAAGAACACUACACACACACACACACACGCACACGCGCACACACUCUGCCUGUUCUCGCUCUGACAGACUGAACUGGGGAGGGCGUGGAUGUGUCAUCACCUGACCUCUGACCUUUGUGUCCCAGAGGGCAUUGGGGUCUCUCUGUCGGGCCCAGUCUAUACCUCAGUUUCUCAUUCUUAGGGACUGUAUACUUUUGUAAAGGAAUGUACCUAUAAAGAAAAAAAAAGAGUGUUAUUAAGUUGUCCCCCUUUUUCAUUUGAUAGUGGAUGUGUAUAUUGUAUGUUCAUAACCAAGAGUAUAUUUAUUUGUACUUAUUUCCUGAGGGGGAUGAGAGACACGUUUCAAAUGGUGCAACAUUAAUGCUAUGAUUGUUCUUCUGAUAACUCCUGUAUGGCUUUGAUCCUCUGCUUUACAAAAUAAGCCAUAGAAAGAACUAAUUUGAGAGGAAAAAAGGUGUUUGUUGGUUUAAAACCUGCUGAUUGGUAACUUUAGUGAAACUUUUUGUUUUUGUGUGUGAUCAAACAUAACUUCUUCUUCCUGUUUGAGAUAUGUUCAUGUAGCGAGACACAUUUUUACAACUUGUUCGCCAACUUGUUUGUAGUCGACGCAGCUUAAUUUUGCAAGUGCCCACAUCUCCAACCCCCCCUGCAGCGUGCAGACGCCUCGCUAGCAGCUCUUCUUUUGCAAAUAACAAAUUAUAGACAGAGCUUCUGUCAUAUAUUAUCUCCAGAGUGAUUCAAGCUUUUUGGAAAGCUGAGGCGAGGAUAGCAAUUACAUUUUCUCAUGCUACGUUCCAUUUCUCAGCCUUUCAAUCAAUAAUUCAUUUGAAUGUCCACUGGCUGCCUGGGGGAAAUAAAUGUUAUGCAUUUGCCAACUUUGAUAGUUGGUCAUAAAUACAGUCCUUAGCAUUUGCUUCCACAUGAAACUGUCAGUAGUAACAGAAGACUUGGUGUUAAAUGAGGAAAUCCGUUAGAAAUACCCAGAAAAAUCCCUUUUCAGAUGCAUUAAUUGAAAUUGAAGAUCAGCCGAUAUGUGGAAGUAAUGGAUCGUUGAUAGAAGCUCUUGUGUAUACUAGGAAAUAUUUUUGCUCGGGAUAGCAAAGAUCCAUCGAUGAAUAAUGCAUACAUACCCUGUUAGCCUAUAAUGAAGAUAAAGAGGAAGCCGGAGAAGAGGUUAAUGUGUGUCUUUAACUGAAGAUUCAUAGGAACCCAGAAGGGUUGUAAAAAGGGCUCGUAAAUGGCUAUGUUUUUCUAGAACACAUUAAAUGUGAGUAUUACCCCUCAUGGAAGUACAUGACGGACGAAAAUCAAAGUGAAUUCUUGUUGCCCCUAAAAAGUAAAGAGUUCUCCUCAUGCAAAGAGAAAUGUCCAGUGUUUAGAUUUAUUAUUAUUAUUAUUAUUAUUAAGUAUCUGAAAUGAGUGCUUAGAUAACCAGAUGGAGGGGGAAAGUUCUUAGGAGUGGUUUAUUUACUUCUCUGUAAGCCAACCACAACAACACUAAACCUUUAAAGAAAAGUAAAAGCCUCUCCUGCACUCAGAGAGCAUCUUCACUGAGACGAGCGAUGGAGGCCUGACUCGCACUUGGUUUGUGAGGGACAGCAGAAACAACAGUGUCGGCACUCUUCAUAAAACCUCAGCUGCGUACGUGCUCUCCCAUCAACACCCCCAGUGUCAGGAUGACACAUGGCUUGUUGCAGAGAUGCACCAAAGCCAGAGCGUAAACAGGAUAUCUUCCUUUAAUAAGUGGAUCCGACAGGCUGCAUGAUGUUAAUUUAAUCGCUGUCUUUUGAGUGACACAUUUGUUUUGAACAGUAUAAAGGAAGGCACGGUGAGGGAUGGCAUGAGAUGAAUAGGAGCAGACUAUCAAUAACAUGUGAUCCAUCACUUUGGGUAAUCCACAUGCCACCCUGGAUUGCUUUGGAUAGUCAUGACUGCGGUAGGAGAUGAUGUUAAAAGGUCAGCUCAUUAUCUCCACCAAAGCCUGUGGGGAGAUCGUGUGUUCAGUAGUGCGCGUGUGUCUGCAGCUAAUCUCUCAAACUACUAGACCCAACAGAUAUUUUUUUGUGCUCAUUUAUGCUCAAAGACCUCUCAUGGUUGCCAUCUUGGCUGUGAGGGAGCCGGGAGGGACAAGCGAGAGAGACACACCUGAGAUCUGCACAGAGUUUCUGCUUCACACAUUAACCCUUGUUGAUGCGUCUGCACCCAAAAUACUCUUCAUUUCUUUGCUCAUCUGAUUGAAAAGUGCAGCAUACUUGACAUUUCUCCGCUGUUUCUUAUUUCCUGUAACUGUAUUUCAUCAUAUGUGGGCUUUUUGUUGCACUUAUUAUAAUGUAGUUAACUGACAGUUGGCAUGUGCCAUAUUCUCUACUGCCAUAUACAUUCUUUGAUGCUUUUUUACCUCCCUAUGCCAAUCCAUUGUGCUGUUACGCCCAAUGCCUUGUUAUCGUAUAUGCACCCAAAACUAAGCACCGGGCAGAAAGGCUGCUUUGCUGUCAGCUGUGUUAUUCUACAUCAUCAUGCACAUAAUCCAUAAGAGAAAGAAGAAGAAACAACUGAGGUUGUUAAUAUAACCAGUAGCUGCUCUGAACUGCUGCUCGCCAACAAGCCGGCCAGGUUGCCUUUUCUUAGUGUUUAUUGCUACUUAGAUAUAUAUGGGUAACUCUCACUGCAGGACUGUGCAGGUAAAGCAGGCUGAUGUAGCUGCAGAGAAACAACAGUGCAUAUAUUAGUGUUUUACUAAUGACGUUAAAACCUGAAAUGCCGGUUUAGGCCCCCAAAAGUGAAGAGGACAUUUGGCUUGAGUUCUCAAAUUAUCCUGGAUAUAGAUACGUUUAAAUGUGUAAAACAGGUUCAGAUUAAAAUGUUGUAUUGAAGUAACAAUCUCGAAGACACAGUAGUGUUUGAGCUCACGGAUGAAAGCGACUUGCAUUUGCAGUAUUACGACAAACUGAGUGUCUGUGGCGACAUUCCUGAGAAAAACGCAAUUAACUGCAAUUACCGCUUAUCGCCACAGGGGGCGCCAAAGAGAAGAAAACGAAGAUCUUCGAGAUUGUGAUUUUAAUUAAAACUGUAAAAUUAAACGACACAAACUGGAAAGGACAGCGCAGGCUAAACAUGCAUCUGUGGAUCCCAAUGUUUGCAGGUUGUUAUAGUUAAACAAUGAUGCUAUGUUACAAAUGUAAAGUGAUGUGUCUCCCACAGCUAGAAACAAUGAAAGAGUUUGUCUGUAACAGCGUUCAGGGUUUAUUUUCUGGUUUUGUAACAGAGAACAUCGUUGGUUUCCCAGUUUCUAGCUUUGGUACGGAUUCUUUUCAUGUUCACAAAAACAGCCUCCGAGGAGUCCAUGCAAAUAUCAGCAGGUGGUUUCUUAAAACGAGUUGUUUCCCUCUGAAGGUUUAGAUUUCAAAUAAAUAAAAAAAGUCAUAUCUGUGCUGCUGCUGCGGUAGUUUUUCAUGAGCUGCUUACUUGUAUUGAUAAAAAUGGUGCCAAGCUUACAAGGUUCAAUCUCUCAGACCAGACAAGAGGUUCUGCCAACACAGCGUUUACAAAAAGAAAAAGCAGAAGAAGCUAUUUUUUCUCUCGGUCAUGAGGAAACUAAAAGGAAAAAUUAAAUUUACAAAUGGAUAAUUUAUAUCAAAGUCCUCAUAAAUUAUUUCACAAUCUAUUGUACUUUUUAAAUGUUCUGAACGGAACCAUUUUAUAUUGUAUAUAUAUGAAUAUAUUUUGUUUUAUUUUGUACUGUUCAUUGUACUUUGCUUUAAUUUAGAAACAAUAUAAAUAAAGAACAAUACUGUGGCAACAUC